AUGUCACAUUUUGACUCCAGCUGUGACUGCUGCUGCAACCGUGCCGGGGCAGCCAGGGUCUUCCUGCCACUUGUUGCUGACUCCCUUCCACUCCCAAAGGCAAAGUUCGAGGAGGGCUUAGCACCGCUGCCCGAAGGUCGCGUCAUCAUGCCUAAAGACAUCUUCGAGUUACUGACAUUUUUGGGCUACAUCUUCCUCAAUCCGGUGGAGGUUCGUGCGCUGAUGGACAAGGCAACCAGGUAUGACUACAUGGGCUUUGACGACUUCGAAGGCUUCAUGGGCCAGUACACGCAGUACUGCCAGCAGCAGUAUUUGGUGAUCUUCAAUCGAUUUGAUGAAGAUAGUUCUGGCACGAUCUCGAUCGAGGAGCUGCGAGAGAUGCUCCACUACCUCGGCUUCAUGCCGAACCGGCGGAUGAUCGAGGAAGCUCUCUCUGCCAUCACCGCCGGUGGCAGGGAUUGCCUGGAUUUCGAUCAACUCGUGCUGUUUCUGCUAGUCUACCGCCGCAGAGAGGGCUUCGUCCGUGCCGAGGUCGCAGAGCUGCAGCAGAUUCAUGCUCUUUACAGCGAGGGUGAUCCUCCCCUGAUGCCGGUGUCCAUGCUCGGUGCGGCGCUCAAGCAGGCUUUUGGCCGCCAGGUGGCCCACGUUGCUGCCGAAGUCCAGGAACAAUUGCAGAAAGGCCAGAUCUAUCGUUCGCGCACUUCUGCCCCCGAUCCGGACUACGAGCCUGAGAAGCUGCGCUUGUCUGACUUCUUGAUCAUCUGCCGGAACUGCCGAGAGCAGCUCCACAAAGAGAUGGAUUCGAUCUGGCCACCCAGUCGGGAGUCUGACGCGGAGAAGUCUGAAGAGGACCGUGGCCUCGCCAUCAAGUGCAACCCACAUGGCGAAGGCACCAUCUGCGACGAGGAGUUGCGCACAGCCCUACAGGGCAUGGGCUACGUGCCGCUGACGAAAGCGGUUCUGGACAUCUACUGCCAGGUGAUCGGCAGCCCCAUCCCGCGAGAUCUCGACUAUGAUGAAUUCUUCGACUUCGUGUGGAUUUUCAGGAGAAACUGCGGGUUUUCCAGCGAAGAGCUGGAAGAUAUUCGUGAGCUCUUCGAGCGGAGCGACGAGGAUGGCUCCGGCGAGAUCUGCACUACGGAGUUGGGCCAGAUCUUUCGCGCUCUGGGUUACAAGGCCAACAUGGAAGAGAUCACUGGAUUGCUCCUCGACGUCGACUUUGACGAGAGUGGCUUCCUGAGCAUGACGGAGUUUGUGACACUCAUGGGCUACUUCCGCACGCUGGAGCUGAAGAAGAUUCAGGACGUCUUUCAGGAGACGGCGGUGGAAGGCUAUCUUCACGUGGAUGGCAUCAAACAAGCGUGCAAGAUGCUGGGCAAGCACAUGCUAGAGACGCCAGAAGAGGAGGAUGACGAGCUGGACUUUGAAGACUUCGUGGACUGGGUCGAUGAGAGCAGGCACAAGAGCAUGAUGCACGAGCGGAAGCUGGCUGGAUUCGGUUACUGGAAGGUAGAGUGCCUCCGCGAGCUGUUCAAGGAGUUCGACAGAGAGGAAAAGGGAUUCUUGGAGAUUCAAGCACUGACAAAGCUCCUGCAACACCUGGAAUUCAUUGAUGCUCCCCGCUCGCGAAUGGAGCAGAAGACGCUCUUGCGUCAGAUCGAAUCUGCGCGGAAGCACGCUUACGAAUCUGGUGUUCGGGAGUCAAUCCUCGAGCAGGACCACAACGUCACGUUUUGGACUUUCGUGCAGCUAUGUCGGCUGCUCCAGUCCCACCGCGAACGGUUGGAAAGCAAGAAGACCUCGGAUCUCAUGGCGGAGCUGAAGUUUACGAAGUUCGAGGUGGAGCAAUUCCGUCACGUUUUUGCCCAGUGGGCAAGAUGGCAACCGGAUGGGGAAGACUCCACGCGUGAGAUUGACACAACAACGGAAACCUUGUCGCAGGAGCAGGUCUUUCGAGUGUUCCGCUCCGCAGGCGCCUCGCUGGCCGGCCAUCGAAUGAGCGUGCUGCUCUGGGCCCUGGAGCCUUUGCAGGAGGGCUUCCGCAGACUGAACUUCCACAACUUCCUGAGGCUCAUGCGCUGGGUGGUCGAUACGGAUUUCGCCGGAUUGGGCAGCGGCCUAAUCACAGCAAAGUGCCCCUCGGCGCACAGUUUGGCGAGGGCAAUCCCAGGCAGAUGGUUUUGCAGGUGA